AUGUCGUCGCGCAAUCCUAGCCACCCUCCUCAUCGCACCACUACCGCCUCGGGUGUGCGCCGAAACCUCUUCAACAGCAACUUGUCGCGCCGCCCCACGGCCGCUUCUUCUGCUUCUGGCACCUCCGCCACGACAAUUCAAGUCGCUGAAGAACCAGCGGCCGAUAGAGACAUCGUCGCCCGGGAUGAAGAGGGCAAUUACAAGCUCGAAACGCCCGAGCUAAGUAUGCAUAUACGGGACGAGGAACAAGAAGAGCGAGAAGCUGCGAACCAACUAAUUGAGAGUUAUCGGAAGCAUCAACACAUCGAGACCAGUGAGCCAGAAUUCAAAGCCACACUCCAGGCCAGCCUUCAGGCGAAGGUAGAGUCACUCGACGAAGACAAGUGGAUGUUCGAAGGAGAAGACCCAACUCCGUCGUAA